CAGGCGGAAAACAAUCAGGAUUUUGCAAAGGAAAACAAUUUACGUAAUCAACUGCAGCAUCAAACUAUUGAUGGACGCGGCAAGAAGACUAAAACUACAGUUCUAACCAAAGCUGAAGACGCAGAGGGGCUGAAUAAAAGAAAAGAUUGGACUCAAAUAUUGGACAUUCAUAAUCUCAACGCUGACAACGUGCCUUAUUCUGGUAUUGACGUGGAUAGUGCUAACAUUACUGUAACAAAUGAUGAUGCAUCAAACGAAAAUCAAAACCAUAGCCGGCAUCCACCACGUGUGUUCUCCAAUCCAGUGUUUGGCAUACAGGACAUCCGGAACAAAAGAAAGAAUAAUGUGAACAAUGUUGGUCAUGUAUCUAAUAACGAGACAGCUAAAUACAAUGUUGGUCAUGUAUCUAAUAACGAGGCAGCUAAAGACAAGUUAUAUAAUAGCACCUAUUCUAAACUCGGUGAAAACAUCAGAUCAUUUUCAGACACGUAUAGUGUAUUGCCAGUAAGAAUUAGUGGCAAUGAGGUGCUCAAAUCUCUUGGACAAAACUCGGGCGAUGAUGAGAAUAAGGAAAG